AUGUUGUCUGUGUUCGCGAGAGCAAGAAGCACCACGAAUCCUACGACUGUCUUCAGCCGGAGUGACCUGCGUCUUAGUCCUUCCUGCACCUUCAGGAGCUCCCCGACGCCCUCGAAAGCCUCAUUCACCUCCGUCCACGCCCCCCGCACGCCCACGCCAGCCACCAUGAGCUCCUCCUCCACCACCUCGUCCUCCGCGACCGUCUCCUCUGCCCUCGUCCUCGGCCUCCUCUGCCUCGCCGGCCUCGCCUCCGCCCGGAUGCCCUACGUCUUCUCCUCGGGCUCUGAGUUCAUCACGGGGCAGGUGGCGCAGACGUUCUCGUGCGAGGGGCUGCCCUACGGAUACUACGCCGACGUCGACAACGCCUGCAGGGUCUUCCACAUCUGUCUCCCCAUCCCCGACGACCUUGGGCAGAUCGUAGAGACCGCCCACUUCUCCUUCAUCUGCGGCAACCAGACCAUCUUCGACCAGCAGACCCUCACUUGCAACCACCCUCAAGAUGCCUUCCCUUGCGACCAGGCACCUUCCCUCUACGACAUCAAGAAUGCAGAGUUUGGCCGCAUCGAAAAUGAUAAUUUCUAAGUGUAGUUAGUCCCUUUUUUUUAAAAAACUUUGCUUUUAUUUACUAUAUUUUUUGUAAUUGUAAUUAUUUUUGUAUACGGUAGACUUGUGAUAAUGUGGUAUUUAAGGUGGAUUUUUAAAUUGAUUUGUGAUGAUGUUAAAGGGAGAAUGGGAAAAUCUUUUCAGUGGGAUGUAUAUUGAAAGUUGUAUGUGACUUUUUCGUGUAAUUAGCAUUUUCUCCCGAUAAAAGUUUUCUAUUCUGGUAUCUAGAAUUCUAACUGAAAAUUAUAUUCCUUUGUUUUUUCAAACGAUAGACCAUUAGGGAUGAUGGUAUCCUGGGUGCAUUUAGAAAACAUUUAAAAAAUUUUUAUUUUCGAAUUCUAUGUCACAAAUCAGUUUUAAUUUGGACUUUUCAUCGCCAUGCUAAAAUUAUAUUAAAAUGAAUUCAA